AUGAAAGCAACGUACGCUAUAGGGAAACAAUGUCCACCGGGGGACUGCAGAGAUCUGUCAUCCUGUCAACAUUUCUUCUCCUCCGAGCUGUUACUGGAUUCUCCGGAGACGGAAGAGCUAUAUGGUCUAAAAAUCCUAAUUACAGCCCGGUAAAUGAAAGUCAGCUGUUUCUCUAUGACACUUUUCCUAAAAACUUUUUCUGGGGCGUUGGGACUGGAGCAUUUCAAGUGGAAGGGAGUUGGAAGGCAGAUGGAAGAGGUCCCUCUAUAUGGGACCGUUUCACCCAGACGCACCUUAAAAAUGUCAGCAGUGUGAAUAGUUCCAGUGACAGUUACAUUUUUCUGGAAAAGGACUUAUCGGCUCUGGAUUUUAUAGGCGUUUCUUUUUAUCAGUUUUCAAUUUCCUGGCCAAGGCUCUUCCCCGAUGGAAUAGCAGCAGUUGCCAAUGCAAAAGGUCUCCAGUACUAUAACAGUCUUCUGGACGCUCUAGUACUUAGAAACAUUGAACCUAUAGUAACUUUAUACCAUUGGGACUUGCCUUUGGCACUGCAAGAAAAAUACGGGGGGUGGAAAAAUGAAGUUCUAAUAGAUAUCUUCAAUGACUAUGCCACAUACUGUUUCCAGACGUUUGGGGACCGUGUCAAAUACUGGAUUACAAUUCACAACCCAUAUCUAGUUGCUUGGCAUGGGUAUGGGACAGGUAUGCAUGCCCCUGGAGAGAAAGGAAAUGUAGCAGCUGUCUACGCUGUGGGACACAACCUGAUCAAGGCUCACUCAAAAGUUUGGCACAACUACAACAUAAAUUUCCGCCCACAUCAGAAGGGGCGGUUAUCGAUCACACUGGGAUCCCAUUGGAUUGAACCGAACAGACCAGGAAACACGAUGGAUGUCCUCAAGUGCCAACAGUCCCUGGUUUCUGUGCUCGGGUGGUUUGCCAGCCCUAUCCACGGGGACGGGGACUACCCAGAGCUGAUGAAAAAGCAGCUGCUCUCCAUUCUGCCCCUUUUCUCAGAAGCGGAGAAGAAGGAGGUGAGGGGCACAGCUGACUUCUUUGCCUUUUCCUUUGGGCCCAACAAUUUCAAGCCCCAGAGCACCAUGGCUAAAAUGGGACAAAAUGUGUCACUCAAUUUGAGAGAAGUGCUGAACUGGAUUAAGCUGGAAUAUGGCCACCCCCGGAUCUUGAUUACUGAGAAUGGCUGGUUCACGGACAGUCAUGUGAAAACAGAAGAUACCACAGCCAUCUACAUGAUGAAGAAUUUCCUCAACCAGGUUCUUCAAGCAAUAAGGUUUGAUGAAAUACGCGUGUUUGGUUACACUGCCUGGUCUCUCCUGGAUGGCUUUGAAUGGCAGGAUGGCUACACCACACGUCGAGGAUUAUUUUAUGUGGAUUUUAAUAGUAAACAAAAGGAAAGAAAGCCCAAGUCCUCAGCACAUUACUAUAAACAGAUCAUACGAGAAAAUGGUUUCCCUCUAAAAGAGUCCACCUCCGACGUGCGGGGUGAGUUUCCCUGCGACUUCUCCUGGGGCGUCACUGAGUCUGUCCUCAAGCCAGAGCUGGUGGCUUCCUCCCCACAGUUCACCGAUCCUCACCUGUAUGUAUGGAAUGUGACAGGCAACAGGCUGUUGCACCAAGUGGGAGGAGUGAAGCUGAAAACACGGCCAGGUCAAUGCACAGAUUUUGUCAGCAUCAAAAGACAGGUUGAGAUGUUGGCAAGGAUGAAAGUCACCUACUACCGGUUUGCUCUGGACUGGCCCUCAGUCCUUCCUACUGGCAACCUGUCCACAGUUAACCGACAAGCUCUGCGGUACUACAGGUGUGUGGUCAGUGAGGGCCUGAAGCUCAACAUCUCCCCAAUGGUCACCUUGUACUACCCGACCCACACCCAGCUCGGCCUCCCCACGCCGCUGCAGCAGAGCGGGGGGUGGCUGAACCCAUCGACGGCCAAGGCCUUCCAGGAUUACGCCGGGCUGUGCUUCCAGGAGCUGGGGGACCUGGUGAAGCUCUGGAUCACCAUCAACGAGCCCAACCGACUGAGUGACAUCUACAACCGCACUGGUAACGACACCUACAGGGCAGCCCACAACCUGCUGAUCGCCCACGCCCUGGCCUGGCACCUCUACGACCGGCAGUACAGGCCGGCCCAGCGCGGGUCGGUCUCUCUGUCUCUGCAUUCGGAUUGGGCGGAACCCGCCAACCCCUAUGCAGAGUCGCACUGGCAGGCGGCAGAGCGCUUCCUCCAGUUCGAAAUCGCCUGGUUCGCCGAACCCCUCUUCAAGACCGGGGACUACCCGUUGGCCAUGAGGGAGUACAUCGCCUUCAAGAACAGGCAAGGGCUCUCGCGCUCCACGCUGCCUCAGUUCACCGAGGAGGAGAGGCGGCUAGUCAAGGGCACUGCCGACUUCUAUGCCCUGAACCACUUCACCACCAGGUUCGUGAUGCACGCGCGCCAGAACGGCAGCCACUAUGACACGGACAGGGACGUCCAGUUUCUGCAAGACAUCACCUGCCUGAGCUCCCCCUCCCGCCUGGCCGUGCUGCCCUGGGGACAGCGGAAGGUGCUGAGCUGGAUCCGGAGGAACUACGGAGACCUCGAUGUUUACAUCACGGCCAAUGGCAUUGAUGACCCAGCUCUGGAAAACGAUGAACUCCGAAAGUACUACCUAGAGAAAUACAUUCAGGAGGCCAGGAAAGCAUACCUGGUUGAUAAAGUCAAAAUCAAAGGCUAUUAUGCAUUCAAACUGACUGAAGAAAAAUUUAAACCCAGAUUUGGAUUCUUCACAUCUGACUUAAAAGCUAAAUCCUCAAUUCAGUUUUACAACAAACUGAUCAGCAACGGUGGCUUCCCUUCUGAGAACAAUAGUCCUAGAUGCAGUCAGACUCAAAGAAACACAGAGUGCACUGUCUGCUUAUUUCUUGUGCAGAAGAAGCCACUGAUAUUCUUUGGUUGUUGCUUCUUCUCUACCCUGGUUCUACUUUUAUCAAUCACCUUUUUUCAUAAGCGAAAGAGGAGAAAAUUUUGGAAAGCAAAGGACUUCCAACACAUACCAUUAAAGAAAGGCCACAAGAAAGUUCUUAGCUAAACUGAUCCUACUUCUGCCUGCAUGAUAGAAAUCUUAAAAAUUCACUCCAGUUCCAUGUACUCAUAACUUACAUAAGAUAUACCUAUAUUGUAACAAAGAAAAUUUGAGAUAUUAGUGGUAGCCAAGAUGAUGACAAUCGAUCUUGUGUUUCAGAUGAAUUUUCCUGUAGGUCUCUUCAUGUCAGUGAAUUCAGUUCUUGGAUCUGAAGAUAAAGGCUUUACCUAGACCAGCAAUUAUCAACCUUUUUCAUCUCAUGGCACACAUAAACCAAUUAUUAACAUUCUGUAGCACACCAAAAAAUUUAUUUUUGCUGAUCUGACAAAAAAAAGUGUAAUUCUAAUUCAUUCACACUGGAUAGCUAUUGUGUUAGCUGUUGUCAUUUUUUUGACAAUCUAAGGGAAAAGAGGUCAGUGCCCCUAAAUAGGUAUUGCAUGUUUUAAAAAUCCUUGCAGCACACCAGUUAAAAAUCACUGACUUAGACAAUAAGCUAUGAAGAUUAUCUGAUACAUUGCUUCAAUGAUGUUUUCCAUCAUUCUUCUUUUAUGAAUACCAAGCUACUUGUCAUAAAAAAAAUUACUUUGAAAAAGUGCAACUUUGUUUUGUUAGACUCCAUAGCAGAGAUUUAAAACUCAACACUGGAUGAUCAGUGAUAUAUUCUGUCACUUCUAAUAAGGUGCUUUGCCCUUUAUGGCAGAGUGGUUCUCAAAUGGAAAGAGAAAAAACAAUAGGGUAGAGUGCUGUCUAUAGCCAGUUACAGCAUACUCAAGCACAUCCCUUAGUUUUCCUCAAUAGAAAUACAAAUUAUCAUCUAAUUUUGUGAGGUCUCUCCUUUAUUAAGUGAUUUUUUAAAAAUAAGAUGUUAACCUCCAUUAACUCAUCUCAUGUAAAGAUCAGAAUACUAAGAUUAAGGACAGCAAGACCCAAAUGCCUGUCAAGAUAGGAAGUCACCCAAGGAACUCUCUUUAGACAAAUUGACAUUCUUCCUCACAUGAGUUUUGUGAGGUGACAAAAUCGUAUCUAGCAUACUUAGGAAAUGUUUUAUUUAUCCAAGUUAUCAGACCAAGGACCAUAUCAUUCCCAAGACUAGCUCUCCCCUGAGGAGCUUCACUCUUCAGACACCACAUGCAUACAUGGACCUCUCAAGGUGUAGAAUGCAGCCAC